UCGCCCUGCUGGCCAGCCCCUCCCCUGAUGGGGGUUAUGGGAAGCUGGGGGAGGGGACGCCUGGGCCCUUUGUUCUGGCUCGCCUGAUGGCUGGACGCCCCUGCCCCCCAGCUUGUGGUUCUGUGGGUCUUUCCUGGUCUCCUCCUCAGUUUCUGCCCUGAGUCUCUCCCCCUCUUUCUGGGUCUCUGUCCCCUUCUUUCUAGGUCUCUGUGGUCCUCUCUUUGGGUCUCUCUUUCUCUCUCUCCCGGCCUCUGUGCCCUUCUGUCCGAGUCCCUAUCUCUCUUUCUGGGUCUCUAUAUCCUUGUCUCUCUGGUCUCUGUCCGGUUCUCUCUGGAUCUUGGUUUCCUUCUUUCUAGAUCUCCUGUCAGCCUUACUUGGGCUUGUCCCCUCUUCCUUCUUUUCUAGCAGCUGCUACUCACAUCUUAGCACCUGUUCCUGGGUUGGGACUCGGAUGGUUACACUCACACCCUCCUUCUCUGCAAACUAGCUCCUGACUUCCAUCUUCUCCCAAACCAGGAACCCAUACCCAAAGGUUUAGCCCUCAUGGGCCCUAGGCAUUGCUCUGGGUAUUCACAACUCGUCAAGAUCCAAUUCUUUUACAAACUCAGAGAACACUCGCACCCUAAGCUUUUCCAGAAAUCCAGCUCCUUUCUCCUCCAGAACCCAGCAGUCGGGACCCCUAGCCCUCAAGAUUCAGGUUCCUCCAGGGGGGCUGGGGGAAGCUUGCUGAGCUCUGUGUUCCUCCAGGCCCAGAUGGGGGAACCCCGGGUUGGGGCCCCCCUGGACGAUGGCAGCGGCUGGACAGGCAGUGAGGAAGGCAGUGAGGAGGGUACCGGAGGCAGCGAGGGGGCUGGAGGAGAUGGGGGCCCGGAUGCAGAAGGUGUCUGGAGCCCAGACAUUGAGCAGAGCUUCCAGGAGGCCCUGGCCAUCUACCCACCCUGUGGCCGCCGGAAAAUCAUCCUGUCCGAUGAAGGCAAGAUGUAUGGUCGGAAUGAACUGAUUGCCCGCUACAUCAAGCUGAGAACAGGGAAGACCCGAACUCGCAAACAGGUCUCUAGUCACAUCCAGGUUUUGACCCGAAGGAAAUCAAGGGAAAUCCAGUCCAAGCUGAAGGCUCUGAAUGUGGACCAGGUGUCCAAGGACAAGGCUUUCCAGACCAUGGCUACCAUGUCCUCGGCGCAGCUCAUCUCUGCACCUUCCCUGCAGGCCAAACUGGGUCCUGCCGGUCCUCAGGCCUCUGAACUUUUCCAGUUUUGGUCAGGAGGCUCUGGACCUCCCUGGAAUGUUCCAGACGUGAAGCCAUUUUCACAGACACCAUUUUCCUUGUCACUGACUCCCCCAGCCAAUGACCUCCCAGGGUACGAGCCCCCCCAAGCUCUCUCACCCCUGCCCCCACCUGCCCCAUCACCACCAGCCUGGCAGGCUCGGGCCCUGGGUACUGCCCGGUUGCAGCUGGUGGAGUUCUCGGCCUUUGUGGAACCACCGGAUGCGGUUGACUCUUAUCAGAGGCACCUGUUCGUACACAUCAGCCAGCACUGCCCCAGCCCCGGAGCACCACCGCUGGAGAGUGUGGACGUCCGGCAGAUCUAUGACAAAUUCCCGGAGAAAAAGGGUGGUCUGCGAGAGCUGUAUGAUCGUGGACCGCCACACGCCUUUUUCCUGGUCAAGUUCUGGGCGGACCUGAACUGGGGCCCAAGCGGUGAAGAGGCAGGGGCUGGUGGUGGCAGCAGCAGCGGUGGCUUCUACGGAGUGAGCAGCCAGUAUGAGAGUCUGGAGCACAUGACCCUCACCUGUUCCUCCAAGGUCUGCUCCUUUGGCAAGCAGGUGGUGGAGAAGGUGGAGACGGAGCGGGCCCAGCUGGAGGACGGGAGAUUCGUGUACCGCCUACUGCGCUCGCCCAUGUGCGAGUACCUGGUGAAUUUCUUGCACAAGUUGCGGCAGCUGCCUGAGCGAUACAUGAUGAACAGCGUCCUUGAGAACUUCACCAUCCUCCAGGUGGUGACAAACAGAGACACCCAGGAAUUGCUGCUGUGCACCGCCUAUGUCUUCGAGGUCUCCACCAGUGAGCGUGGAGCCCAGCACCACAUAUACCGCCUGGUCAGGGACUGAAGGGGUACCCCCAAACUGGCUUGCCCCCGGAACACUCUCCUCCCAGGAAGGACCCUCCAGCUCUCCUCAUGCUACUUAUUUAGGGAAGAGGCUGUGAUUUAAAGGGGCUGACCUCAGAGGCCUAAGCAAUAGGGGACCCCAAAACUUGGUUGGUGAGCUGAACAGGCUGGGACUGAGGAAAGAACAGACUCUGAUAGUGGGCCCUCACAGGGGGUGUCUGAAAGGACAGAUCACUCCGGAGCAUCAGGGAUUGAGGACAGGAGUGAGACAACUUCCAGGUACACUUCUCAGCCUCUGACAAGGCCCCCUCCCCGCCUUCUGGAUGUUUCUGAGGGCCUUAGUUACACAGUGGCUUGUCUCCCUUCCUGUUUUCCAGCUGCCUCUCCCCCUAAAUUUCUGCCUCUCCCUACCAUCCCUUGUAUCACAAAGAUUAACCCUUUUGUGUAGGAGCAGAGCCAGGUGGGCCCUGGAAAUAUUUUUAAUAUAAUGAGAUAUUUAUAAGGGUUAUGACUUUAUCUCAGCUGCACAAGCAAUGGGGUGAGGCUUUGUAAUCUCAUCCCCCUCCUCAGUGAGCCAUGAGCUAGACUGUUUCCUUCCCCCAACCCCGAAGUGUGUUGGUUUGUGUUCUGACAGAGGAUAAAGCUAUUUUACCAAAA